AUUAUGACAUCCUGUGCCGACAACCACAGAGAUUUAAAAAAAAUUGUGACAGAUGUCACCUUGAAAUAUUUAAUUUAUUUUCGAAUAAUACAACUUGAGAAUCAUGAACGUUCACAAGCUGUGGGAGUACAGGGAGUACGUAAAGGUGAACGGCGUGAUGUUGACCAACGAGCUGAUCUCAAUGCUACAGACCUCCCUCACCAUGCUGCAGGUGGAGAACCACUUCACCCACAUGCAGUACUGGGGACAAAUAUACGGCGUCGACCGGGAUUAUUACAUAGCCGUCGGGAUAAAUCGGGACGCAAUCAACGAACGAAAAUACUUUUACACGACCGAUUUCAAAUUCUGGGGACUGCUUCCGAAGGCGAGAAAGAAGUAUAAAUUUCUUUCUUUGAUCGCGAACACACCGUUUCGUGGCGACAUAUCUCUGAAGAUCAAAGUUUUAGACGAAGCACUCGACCAAAGUGACCCCGAGCGUUGCAAAAAUAUGAAAGAGGAGAAGAGACUCGCCGCGACUAUCAGCAACAUCAGUGAGGAGGCAGAAGUGUGCGCGAGAGGGCAGCUGGUGAAGCGGCCCGACGGCGUCGUUGUCAUCAGUCCUAACUUCUAUGGGCUUACGGGUCCAGAGGCAAAGCAGCUGAAGUCCUAUUUGCACAUAAGACCCGCUCAACACAAAUGGAAUACAAACAUUUUAACCCGAGCAGAUUAUAAUUUGAGUAUGGACUUUUUAGACUCCAUCGACAUGGACAUACCGAGCGGGUGCUGGAAUUUAUCAAUGGAGAACGUGGGCACCGUAGCGUAUUUAAAAAGCCUCUAUUGGCCUGGUAUGAUGUUCUUUCAUAAAGUUAAAACCCCGGAUGCCGGAUUUUUGUACGUUGGAGAUGGCAAAAAGAAUUUGGAUGUCCCUUUUCUUCUUUAAACCAGAAAAAUAAGAUUAAUGAAUACUGUCGAGAUUAUUUAAUUUGUAACAGUAACAGACAUAUUUUAUUGUGCAUGUUUAUUUCGUCAGUGGAGUAAAUAAGUUUUGCCUUAACC